CGAGCAAACAAAGACGUCGGCAAUCACCCUCACUCCUUUGACCCACCCGGACAAGCCCUCAUCAUCAUCAUCACCAGCGCCGCCAUCACCUAUCCUCUUCGACACCACCCGCCGACGACAGACUUCGUCGCCCGUAUGCCGACGUCGCCCGUCUCGCCGCCUUAUUACUACCAGAACCAGCCCGUGAUUCACAAGCCUGCGCCUGUCUCAGUCGCACCACACACUCCGCCCUCGCCUGCGUCGGUGCGCAUGUCUUCGUCGGCGCAUAAUGGCAAAGACCAAUCUUUUCCCACGCCGCCGUCGUCCUACGUCCCGACCAUCUCGCAUCCUACCCUUGACAUGAACAUGAUGGAUACCGAUAUGCCCGAUGCGCAGCCGCCGUCAUCGCGGCCGGCUCUGCCGCUGCUCUGUCAGUCCCCUCACCCUAUCUCGCGGCCUCAUCCAAAUGAAGAUCUCAUCAACCUUUACGGCCUGCAAAGCAUCGCCAACUCGGUUCGCCGAACAGACCCCGUUACCGGCGAGAAGAUCAACAAGUUGCGCAAGUCUUACGAGGGAAAGGUCAAGAAUUUCGGCCUUAGCGGCAAAAACAAGCCCACCGAUGUCGAAGGCGAGUUGGGCGGUUUCAUGCAAUGGGACGAAGGCUCGUGGUAUGAUCAGCGUAUUCACGGCAGAGAACUCGACAAGGCAGAGUCGUCGUCCCUCAUGGCCAACUUGGGUCGUGCUUUGACUAUGAAUCCCGGCACCCUCCCUGCUGACGAACACAACAAAUGGAAAGCCAUUCUCGGCCUCGAUGAUGGCAACAAGACCCCUUCUCAGCCUGCAAACAAGAUUGGCGCCCACCCGCAAAUGCUCAAGGCUCAAGCCUCGUCCAUGCGCGCCUCUGCUCCUGCUUCGCCACGCGCCUCACACCCCAAUGGCGUCCGUCCCGAUCGCUCCAACAAGAAGCGCCGUUACGAUGAGAGCAGUUAUACUGGUUACAAUGAGGGCUAUCAAGACGAUGAUGGCUACUCGACCGGUGGCUUGGACGACAAGCGAAACUCUGCCACUAAAAAGCGCCGAAAAGACUUCCCGACGAACUUUGAAACGUCUGGAGGCGCUUCGGCCUUCAACAAUGGGAUGCUGGGUGUUGGUGUCAAGAGCUCAUGA